AUGAGGCCCGGGGGCAGCCUGGGGAUGGCUCUUUUCUGCUGGCUCUUGGGGCAGGUGGCUGCCUCCCCUUGGGAGGUCCUCCGGGGGGGGGGACACCCUCCCAGGGGGCAGCCCCUACCCUCUCCCUGGGCAUGGGUGGAUGUCUCCCAGCUGCAGGCCGCUGCCCCCCUGCACCCUGUGGCAGUGCAGUGCCAGGAGGCACAGGUGGUGGUCAGGGUGCACAGAGACCUCUUCGGCACCGGGCGCCUGGUCAGGGCUGCAGACCUGAGCCUGGGCUCAGCCUCCUGCUUGCCUGUGGCCCAGAGUGCUGCUGAGGGCACAGUGACCUUCCUGGCUGGGCUGCAUGAGUGUGGCAGCAGCCUCAGGGUAAGGCCCGAUGCUCUGCUCUACAGCACAGCCUUGCACUCCCGCCCGGCCCCCGCCGCCCACCCCCUGCUGCUGCGCUCCAGCCCUGCGCUGGUUCCCAUCGAGUGCCACUACCCCAGGAGGCUCAACGUGAGCGGCAGCGCUGCCCGGCCCACCUGGGCGCCCUUCCGUGCCACCCUGUCCCCUGAGGAGCGGCUGCCCUUCUCCCUGCACCUCAUGAAGGAGGACUGGAGCGCAGAGUGAGACUCCACCACCUUCCAGCUGGGAGAGGUCCUCCAGUUCCAGGCUGGGGUGGACCAGGGCCCCCACGCACCUCUGAGGCUCUUUGUGGACAGCUGUGUGGCCACCCCGAGCCCAGGCAGGAGCUCCUCUCCACACUAUGCCUUCAUUGGCUCCCCUGGGUGCCUGCUGGAUGGGCAGCUGGAGGAUGCCACCUCGACUUUCCUGUCCCCACGACCCAGGCAGGAGGUGCUGCAGUUUGCAGUGGAGGAUUUCAAGCUUGCAGGAGCCUCCAGCAGCCUGCUCUACAUCACCUGCCACUUGCAGGUCUCCCUGGCUGCCCAAGCUCCAGACCCUCUGCACAAGGCUUGCUCCUUCAACCAAGCCAGCAACCUCUGGACUCCUGUGGAAGGCACUGCAGCUGUCUGCUCCUGCUGUGAGCUGAGGAGCUGUGGCUUGGCCAGGAGCUCCAGGAGGCUCCAGCCUCCUUCCCAAGGGCAGGGAGGCCGUGCCAGGAGGGAGAUGCCCUCCCAGCCUGCUCCCUGGGCGAAGGAAGCAGAUGUUGUGGUUGGACCCCUCUGGAUCCACAGCUGGCAGGCUCCCCCAGUUAGGAGGCUGUCUUCUCAAGAUGCCAAUGGCUUGUGGGUGGCUCUGCUGCUGGCUGCAGUCGCUGGUUUGGUCCUGCUGCUCCUGGCUCUCCUCGGAGCUCUGACUGUCUGCUGGACACCCAACCCCCCUCUGAGUCACUGCUGUCCCCUUUGA